AUGUCGACCGCUGCGCGUAACCCAGCGCGUGGGCGCCGCCUAGACGACGCCCUAUCCCAACUUAUCGACGGGCUCACCCCCGCGCUCCCAAUCUCCGCCAUCCAGAACGAAGACUACUCCGACGAGGAGGAAGCUCUCGCCUCAGCGGAGAACCGUCGACACCAAAUCUUACUAGAGCGCGCCUGGCGCAUUCUCGACACCCAUACUGCUACCAAUGCCCCAGAUCCAGGGUCACCAGCAGGGCCGGGAGGGCGGCGCGGGAGUUUCGCGGGAGCGGAAAGCAUCAACAACGCGCCGGAUCUCAUUAAGCGCAAGCUGCGCCGGGAGAAUGAAAGCCCCGAUAAGGCGGUGCGCUUCUCGAAUCUUUACUCUCGUCUCCUGACGCAGCCUGUGCUGUCGCAGAAAUGGGGCAUCUUGUUCUUGCUGUAUAAGUUGUCGGCGUCGAAUGAGCCACCCAAGGGCCGGGCGCGGAGCCGCAGUCCUUUGAUGGAUGAGGGUCAUUUGCAGAAUAUGCUUGGGAGGGAUGGACGGCCUAAGCGGGGCAAUGCGGUUGAUUCGGAGGACGAGGGUCCUGCUGUUAGCUCCUCGGCUUCGCAGGCGUAUCAACGAGUGGCACCAAAUAAGGUGGAGCGGCAAAGCUCAUUGCGACAUGAUGUUGAUCGUGGUGAGAUAGAUGCUGCCAGUCGUGGCGCGACAGAACGACCGGGGACGGCGAAUCGUGUUGACGGCGCACAUGAUCGGGUUAAUGACGAACAAGCUCGCGCUCCAUCAUCUCGGCCUUCAAGUGCUGGUCAGGUCAAACCUACUGGGUCAAUUGAGCACCAAUUGUUGCGUGACUUGCCGUUCAACCUUCAAGGGCUCUCCUCAUCAAAUCUGCAAUUCAGCUCCUCGUCGAGCUUGAGCUUGCCCUCAAACUUACCAGCCCCUAUAACUUCACUUCUGAAUGCCUUGGCGGAGCCUUGUUUGCUUUACAAAGGUCUCUCUGUCUUUGUGGAGAGCGAAGAGGGUGGAUUGGUGAACCAGAGCUUGCGAGCUUCCAUUGCAAUCGAACUCCGGGCAUAUCUCAGUCUAGUGGCUACGCUAGAAGCGGAGAUCCGACAGGCGCUGGCCGCAAUUGGAGAUGGAACGGAGCCUCAAGGCGUGCGGAAGGGCGGCGUUACCCUCAAACGGUGCGUCGUGUGGACGAGAGAUGCCACGAUGGCUCUUCGACUGAUGAGUCUGAUUGUGGAAGAGGCUCAAAAUAAAAGAGGUGGCCAGCUGAUCUCUCUGAUACACGGAUUUUCAACCUCUCAUGGAGAUCCAUUCGUAUGUGCCUUUGCUGAGAAGCUUCUCGCACAUGUGACCCGUCCCUUCUAUGACAUGUUACGACUGUGGAUCUAUGAUGGUGAACUGUCAGACCCGUACAAAGAAUUCUUCGUCGCAGAUCCAGAGUUCCGACCGAAGACUGAUCCUCGGCGCAUCGCAACCAGCGUCUGGGAGGACAAGUAUAAGCUUGACGAUGGUAUGGUCCCGUCGAUCAUCACGCAGGAGUUUGCGAAGAAGAUUUUCCUGAUUGGAAAAUCGCUCAACUUCAUCCGCUACGGCUGUGGUGAUUCUGCAUGGGUAGAGGCAUACUCUAAGAAAGCCUCCAAGGAGCUACGAUAUGGCGACACUGCGACUCUAGAAAUAUCCAUCGACGAAGCGUAUAAGACGACCAUGGCUCGACUGAUUUCUUUGAUGAAUGGGAAAUUCAACCUCUUUGACCAUUUGAAAGCACUGAAAAGCUAUCUGCUUCUGGGCCAAGGUGACUUCAUUGCACUGCUUAUGGAGUCACUAGCCUCGAACCUGGAUCGACCCGCUAAUUCACAAUAUCGACACACCCUGACCGCGCAAUUAGAGCACGCCAUCCGUGCGUCCAAUGCCCAAUACGAUACCCCCGAAGUGCUACGCCGGCUGGACGCCCGCAUGCUCGAGCUCAGUCACGGCGAGAUUGGAUGGGACUGCUUCACGCUCGAAUACAAAAUCGAUGCCCCUGUGGACGUGGUCAUCACACCAUGGGCGUCAACCCAAUACCUGAAAGUCUUUAAUUUCCUGUGGCGUAUUAAGCGAGUUGAGUUCGCGCUGAACAGCACCUGGCGCCGAUGCAUGACGGGCGCGCGAGGUGUGCUCGGCAACGUGGAAGAUAAAGUCGGAGCAGACUGGAAGCGCGCACGAUGCACGAUUGCGGAAAUGAUACACUUCGUCAACCAGCUGCAAUACUACAUCUUGUUCGAGGUUAUAGAGUCUAGCUGGGAGCAGCUGCUCCAAGCUAUUCGGAAACCCGGCUGCACACUGGACGAUCUAAUCGAAGCACACACUAAAUACCUCAACUCCAUCACUCACAAAGGUCUACUUGGGUCUGCCUCGCCACGCGGCACCUCGACCUCCAGCUCCGCCAAACAGCCCGAGGAAAGCUUCCUCAGUCAGCUACACCAUAUCCUCAAAGCUAUGCUGAGCUACAAAGACUCUGUCGAUGGGCUGUACUCUUUCUCUGUGGCGGAGUUCACCCGCCGCCAGGAGAUCAAUGCUAGGAUCGAAACUCGGGCCGCUCAGGAAAGUGCCGGACUAGAUGGGGUCAACACUCCCUUAUCUCUCUCCGGCCAAAACCUCACCGCCGAUGACACUAUGCUUGCCGACCUGCGGAAAACUUUGGAGAUGCAUCGCGAAGAAUUCCGCACACGGCUGACUUCCCUUUUAUGCGAUCUGUCAUACCAGCCAGAUGUGGACAUGCGCUUCUUGGGCGUCGUUAUGAACUUCAAUGAUGUCUACGAGAUCAAGCGACGAAAAACAGCUGCUCCCAGUGCUAGGGACAGAGAGAGGGAAAAGGAACGGGAACGGGAAAAGGCCAAACGGAAGGCGAUGGCAGCAGCAGCCGCCACCGGCUCCGGAACUGAUAGUGGUUUGCCAAAAGAGGUCCGCAGGGAGCGGAGAGAUACCGUGACUGAUCCAUCAGGGAACGCAUAG